UGCAGACCGAACCAUUUCUGUCUGCUACCCGAAGACAACAAAUCUUAACGAAUAGAAGGGUUUCUAAUUGAAGCAGAUCUGGUUGGUACUCAUUUUACAAUGAUGCUACCGUUCAUACUAACCUGCCUGUGUGGAGGUUUACUAGCUAGCGGCCAGCCAAACGAACACGGCUACAUUCAACAUGAUGAAACCAUCCACGAUACAGAGAACGAUGGGUCCAUGAGUUUCACUGCAGCAGUCUACCAGCAUGAUACGCUGAACUGGCUUCUUCCAAGUAUCAGUCGUGAAGAGGCAUUACGAUUGAUGAAUAUAAAUGUGGACACUUAUGAGGAGCAGAUCAUCACUGCUGCUUCAAAGGGUGUUUCGAUGAUCGUCUUUCCGGAGUACGGCAUCACUGGCUUAAAAAUGUCCAACACCACCGUCACUGCCUUCUUGGAGUUUGUUCCCAACCCAUAUGAGCGAAAAAUCAUACCCUGCGACUCUAUACAGUUGAAGGACUCGCCCAUCCUGCAGCGCCUCAGCUGUCUGGCUAAAAACUAUUCAAUGGUAGUCAUUGCAAACCUAGCUGCAAAGAAGCCGUGCAAAAAGACUUCACAGGCACCCGACUGCCCGCCAGACGGCAUGUAUAAGUUCAACACUGAUGUUGCUUUUGGUGCGGAUGGUCAACUUGUAGCAAAGUAUAAUAAAAUAAAACUGUAUUCAGAAGAGAGGACUUGGUUUCAGCCUGGAAGGGGAGUCGAAAACCUGGGGGUAUUCCAAACUGAGUUUGGGGUUUUUGGGCUGUUUACUUGUUUUGAUAUGUUGUUUGAACAACCAGCGGAGCUUUUAGUUCAUGGUAUGGGGAUCACUAAUAUGGUCUUCCCCACAGGAUGGAUGAAUGAGUUACCAUUGCUUAGUGCGGUGGAGUAUCAACAAGCUUGGGCUAUCAGUUUUGACGUCAAUCUGUUAGCUGCAAAUAUCCAAUUGCCUUUAUUUCAUUUUACUGGUGGUGGGUUGUACAACGGUGCAAAAGGUGCUGUUGUGUAUCAUUAUAACAUGACGGAGUACAAAGGGGUUUUGGUGGUUGGGAAGUUACCCAUUCGAAAACAGAGAGCCGCAAAUAUGAACUCUACUGACAUGAAGAAUACCUUGAAACAGAUUAAGAAACUCACUCCUAAGGAGCUUCUAAAGGUGUCUCCUGUGGUCAGGGCUAUUUUCACUGAAGGCUCAGAAAUAUCCCCACUUCAGGAAGCGAGAAAGAAAAUGCAUGAAGCUACCCAUCCAUUGUCACCAUUGCAAUCAUCACCAUCCUGCGAUAAACCAUUUAUAUCACUUAUGAACCACGACCCCUAUACCUUCACCCUCCUAAUGGAACAAUCCGCACGAACAUCAGUGUGCAGCAAAGGACUCUGUUGCUAUCUUAACUACACAUUCAACGCUAACUCAACCCACAUAGAGCUAUUUGCACUCGGCGUCUUUAACGAUCUACACAUCAACAAUGGACAGUACUAUAUACAAACCUGCGCUUUAGUCAAAUGUAAAUUUCAGAUAAAGUAUAGCUGUGGUGCUGAGACUGAACAAUCCAAGAAUAGAUUUGAAUCCUUUAGUUUGAGAGGUGAGGGAUUUGACCCUAGUACAGUACUGUUUCCUUCAGUAUUGACUUCUGGUGUUCAGUUACCAGUGAUUGGCAAAGAGUGGGAGAGUCCUUCGCCUCAUGAUCGUGUUUGGAGUGAUAGCGGGACGAGGGAGCCGUUACUUGAGGCUAGUGUGUUUGGGAGAUUGUAUUCUAAAGAUUAAUGGGAAACAAAAACCAGUAUUGAGUACAAAAGUAUUUCAAUAGAAAUGAAUAAGACUAAAAAAAUUUUUUAUUUUUUUAUAUGAAGUUAUGUCAUAUUUGACUCUAAAGAACAUUGUAUCAUGCAACAACGAUGUAUCUCAGUUUUGUAAUAACUGCGUUUCUUGCAUAAGAGAUGCCAUGUGCAAAUGCAUCAUGCUCCGUGCUGUUAGGUUUUGUAUGUACCUUAGAGGUAUACAUUUGGUAAUCUUUCUUAAAAUGAAUGGCAAUAAAAACAUUAAGUUAGAAGCCUACAGCAGCUUUCGAUAGUAUAAAGCAUUUUAUUAAUUUUGUGCCCCCAAACUUAAAUUUGACAAUGUUUCUCAGAUUGUGUAUUCCUAUUGAUGAUUAUUCUUUCUGUGACAAAACAAUUUCUUUCUCUUUCCCUGAAAUAUGGAGCAGCUGAAAAAGGCCCAAAGAAGCUGUUUUGUAAAUGUAGACUGAAAUUGAAAAGUAAAGAAAUGUAAGUGAUAUUUAGUCGACAGAUUUUUAUAUAUGAAAGUAUAUUUUUUUAAAAAGCUAUAUAUCAUAGGCCUAACUGUUUGUUAAUAUGCAAUACCUGUUUUCUAAUGUGUCUAUUAUUCUCAACCAAUUAAACAAAAUGGCGUCAUUUUCCAAUUUGUACUGUUUAUUCAUAACUGUCUAAACCAAAUAUAAAAAUUGUACUAAUAACAUCAAAUUUAAAAUGUACCGAAUUACAUUAAUAAAUUACAAAUUCAUUCAUCAAGGACUUGGUAUUCCAUGUGUGAUUUUCUCUGCAGUGAAUGGAAUUUAGCUUAAAGCCAUUGGACCCUUUCGGUACAGAAAAAACAAAAAAAGUUCACAGAUUUACAACUAAUUUACAGGGU